AUGACUGUUUACGAAAUGAAUGAAAGAGAAACUAAAGAAAUCGCCACAUCAUGUACAAAGAGUGAAGAAGGAUUCUGGCACAAUUUGAGAAAAUAUUUAAGAGAAUAUGCUGAAGUAACGGGUAUCCACGGAUUCCGUUAUGUUGCCGAAAAACGUUCCACACCUGAAAAGAUUAUUUGGAGUUUGCUCCUGAUAUUUUCAUUAUGUGGAUGUAUCUAUAUGAUUGCCGAAAUUGUGUAUAAAUAUGAGAAUAGUCCGGUGGUUGUUAGUUUUGCGACUGAAGAUACACCGCUGUAUCAAAUCCCGUUCCCUGCUGUUACUAUUUGUCCAGAAGGAAAAUAUAGUAAAAAGGCGUUCAAUUAUAGCGAUGUCUAUUAUCGGUUAAAAUACCAAAAAUCAGUGGAUAAAACAAAUUUAACGAUGUUUCACCAUUUAAGUCUUCUCUGUGAAGAGACAGAUCUUGAUGUCAGAUUUGAAAAUGUAACCCUGGACAACCAAUUCUUUAAAACCAUAAGUGAAACUAAAAUUAAUCUAACGGACAUGUUUACGGUGUGUUCCUACAACGGCGAAUAUCAAUGUGAGAAAUUAUUUACGCCUGUUAUAAUAGAUGAGGGAUUAUGUUAUUCGUUUAAUAUUUUUGGGCGAGAGGACAUAUUUAAGGACCACAUGUAUAAUUAUGAACAAUAUUAUCAUGUUUCUCAAAAAAUUGCAGAUUUUUUUGAUAUGGAAACCGGAUACAAAGAAAAUGUCGGUGUCGAUACGUAUCCUAGAAGAGCGUUAAUGUCUGGUGUUGGAAAUGGAUUAACCAUAUUUUUUAAGUUUGAUGAAGAAAUCGACGAUCCUCUAUGCACUGGUCCGUUGCAAGGGUUUCGGGUUUUAAUUCAUAGUCCUUGGGAUGUACCUCUCCUUAAAACCCAUUACUUUCGUAUGCCUUCCAAUAAAGUUGUUGCAGCUGCAAUGGAAGCUGAACUUGUUCAAACUUCUGAAGAUCUCAGAAAAUUUAAGCCAAAAAAAAGAAAGUGCUACAUGCAUGAUGAACGCCCUCUGAAAUAUUUUAAAAUGUACACUCAAUCUAACUGUUUACUUGAAUGUCGAACUAAUCAUACCUUGAAAAAAUGUGGCUGUGUUCAAUAUUUCAUGCCGAGGGAUAAUACAACGCGCAUAUGUGGUAACCGUUUUGCCGCUUGUGUAUUAUAUGCUGAACAUAGCUUAAUCAAAAUACAAAUGGAAGCUAACGUAAGGGGAUAUCAUUUUUGUGACUGUCAACCUGCCUGUUCAAAUUUGAAAUUUAGUAUAGAAACUUCUCAAGAUGAGUAUUAUGAGAAAGAAUUUCUGGAAUCACUGAAACGAACGGAUACUGGAAGUAGCAGUACGGCCUGGUCUCUUUUGCAUAUUUAUUUCAAAGAGGAGCAAGUUACAACAAUGGAAAGAAACGAGCUGAGAGGGUUAGCGGUGGAGUGUUGGGGUGUGAAGCCAAAUUGUUGGUCGGGCUAUAGGUAUGGGUUUCCAGAAAUGGUACUAGACGGGAGGUUAGGAUUUUUUUCAAGAAUUUUGCCCAUGAUAUUUAGUAGGAUGGUUGAGACAGAUUUCUAUGCUUUCGGAAAGCAGGAGGAAGAUAGGCAGUUAUUGAAGGUUAUUGUGAAGGCAUGGCCAGGGGUUUUUGAAUUUUUCAGACGUUUGAUGACGGAUAGUUUUUCGUUUGUAGAUGUUUGGUUGGAUCAGUCGUCGUCAGGAUGUAACGAAAAGAUGGAAGAAACUUCACCACUGAGCUACGCCAACGCAUUAUGUUGGUAA